AUGCAUGUUCUAGUGCUGCUGCUUCUUAUAGUUGGAUGUUGGGGUUCGGGUAAUAUAGAUGUAUUAGUUGAUGGAAAGGGAGGAUAUAAUAUUACUAUUAAUAAUCGUGUUUGGCUUCGUUCAUCUCGUACAGCUAUAUAUGUAGACAAUAAAUGGUAUUCAUCAGAUGAUAAUUCUCUACCAUUAACUGGUAUAAGUCAUGGAAGUGGUUUUGAUCCAUAUUUAGGUAAUUAUACCGAUAUUCAAUUGACCUAUGACCUUGUUCGAGGUGGAAUACAUACUGAUAUCGUUGGUCAUAUACGUAACUGGUAUUCUAGUUCAGCAAUUUCAUUUCAGUUGGAGACUGGUAAUCAAACUUUGAUAAACACUGUUCCACUUAAUAUGGAUCAUGUUCGAACGAUUUUUCCAUCAUUUCAUGUUGAAGAAAUUGAUCAGAAUGAUGAACGAGGUUAUUUUACAUUCGAAGGAGAAAUGGUAGGUAAUAACAAAAAACAUGCAGGUCGAUGGAAUUCGCGAAGCAAAGUCAUUAAAUCUGGAGGAAUGGAAAGCGGACCAAUGGUUCUUUUUAAUUUAACUCAAAAAGGAGAAGGUGAUAUAUUAGUUCUUUCACCAUUUUCUCGAUUUAUGGCUACUUCAUUAAGUCAAACAAAUCGCAAUAUAUUAGAUUAUGGUAUUAUUGGUUCAAUGUUAUCAAUACCAGUUAAUUAUAAUCAUUCAAUGAUUAUUUCUUAUUCAUCAAAUGGUAUUAAUCAAGGUAUCAGAGAAUGGGGUCAAAUAAUGCAAAAAGCAUACAAUCGAACUAGUCAACAUCGUGUCAAUGAUCUUACAAUAAAUUAUCUUGGUUAUUAUACUGACAACGGUGCUUAUUAUUAUUAUAAAACAGAAAAAGGAAUGAAUUAUGAAGAAACUAUAGUCAAUAUUCGUCAUCAAAUACCACUUCCAUUUCAUUAUAUUCAACUUGAUUCAUGGUGGUACUAUAAAGGUAUGGAUGAUGGUGUUUCUCAAUGGACCGCUCGUCCAGAUAUCUUUCCUGAUGGUCUUCAAGCUUUAUAUCGUCGAUUAGAAAAUAUUUCGAUAGCAGCGCACAAUCGUUAUUGGUCAUAUGAUACUAUUUAUAAACAAAAUUAUUCUUUUGCUCUUGAUAAAAAUAAUAAAAAAGCAUUACCAAUUGGAAAUGAUUCCUUUUGGAUUGAUUUAUUUACUGAAGCAAAUAAAUGGGGUCUUGUUCUUUAUGAACAAGAUUGGCUUGAUCGUCAAACAAUUGACUUUCUACCGACACGUACUGAUAUUCAUCUUGGACAUCAAUGGUUAAUGUCUAUGGGUGAAGCAGCUGACAAAGUAGGAAUAAAUAUACAAUAUUGUAUGAGUUUACCUCGUCAUAUUCUUACAGCUUUACAAAUUCCACGUGUUACUCAUGCACGAACAUCAGUUGAUUAUGCAUUUCAUAUUGAAAGUUGGUUUGAACAUCAAUGGGCUAUUGGAAUAUCAAGUAUGUUUGCUGAUGCUCUUGGUUUAGCACCGUUUAAAGAUAUAUUUUGGUCUAGUAAAUUGGAACCAGGUGCUCCCUAUGUAGGAUUUCCUCGUGAGAUACUUCCGGAGCGUGAAAUGGCGAUUGCAACCCUUUCAACAGGGCCUGUUGCACCCGGUGAUGGAAUUAAGUAUACAAAUGUUGAACAUAUCAUGAAAUGUUGUCGCCAAGAUGGUUUAAUUUUAAAACCUGAACGACCACUGACUAUGAUUAAUAGAUUAAUAUCUGAUUGGGCAUUUUAUGAUGAUAUCUUACAGGGUCAACUUUACUCAACAAGAACAACAAUAAAUGGUCAAACAUUCCACGUAAUUUUUGCAUCAAAUAUGAAACGAGAUUACUUAGUUUAUCCUUCAAUGAUUGGAGCACAGUCGGGAGUUAUCUGGUCACAUGAUAAUUCAAGUGUUGUAUUAGAUUUCAAUGAUACUAAUCCGCUACAUGUUUCAGCAAAUAAAUGUCAUGAUUUAUCAAUGUGUCUUUGGUACGUAUCGCCUCGUAUUCAAUUAACGUCUGAUGUAUCUUACGCUCUUCUUGGCGAAUGGAAUAAAUGGACUGCUAUCAGUCAUCAACGAAUUAUUGAAAUAGAUAAUCAGUCAAUAAAUCAUAUAGCAAUUAUAAAUAUUAUAGGUGCACCUAAUGAAACCGUUUCACUCGUUAUCUAUCAUUCUAAGUUAUUAUUCAUCACUGUAAACUGUAAAAUAUUGCCUGAUAUUGGUGAAGUUCGCAUUACUAUUACAACGAACGAUAUUGAUUGCAACUAA